UUCAAGGUUCAGGCUUACAGAAAAAAGUUUGGUCUUUAAAUCAGCCUGUCUGAGCGGUUCGCUCCAAAUUUAUUUUCCACACAAACUGUUGCAAACUGAGGCCGAACCGAACCAUUUUCCAGGUUUCGCCUUCGGUUCACCGGAGAGUCCGGAGGUCACCUGGACAGCUGUUCGUCAACAGAAGCUUCAGAUAUAUUCACGCUGUUUUGUUUCGCAGCUCUUUGGAUGAUGGCAAACCCUCUGCGGCCUGAGGUGGUUCGGCUCUACAAGAACCUCCUCUACCUCGGCCGGGAAUACCCGAAAGGCAGCGACUACUUCAGGGACCGUCUGAGAGCGGCGUUUAUUAAGAACAAGUCGGUCCAGGACCCGGAGCAGAUCAAGGCCAUGAUCGCCCGGGGGGAGUACGUGGCGCGGGAGCUGGAGGCGCUCUACUACCUGAGGAAGUACCGGGCGAUGAAGAAGCGUUACUACGAGGAGUGAAGACGCUCUGCAAAGACUCACAUAGAAAAUAAAGAAAAUAGAAACAUUUUUAUUGAAGAACAGAUCAAACAGCAGCAGCUUCAACUGACCCUGCAGAGUUUAAUAUAAAAAAAAAAAACACAAUGGGAAUGAAAGUCGAAAAAUAAUCAAGUUGAUCUGUUAUUCUUUACAAAACGGGGAGGAGUUUCUGGUCACAGCGUAGGGGGCGCUAGAGAGUCUUCAUCAGCCAGGUUGGCCCUGCAGAUCGGACAGGUGGUGUUGUCCUGUCAGGAGGAAACAGGCAGGUUAAUACAGAGAUGUUCAUCACAGACAGACAUCUCACUCUGUCAGAAAAUCAGCAGGGUUUAUCUAAAGCAUAUGCGUCAAAACUCAAGGCCCAGGGGCCAAAUCUGGCCCACCGUAGCUUUUUAUGUGGCCCUCUAGACUCCAGAUUACAUCAAUAAGUUCAUCCAGUUUUUCAUAAAUCUGCAAAAUUCACACAAAACCAACAAAUCUCCACAUUUUCUCUGAUUGUACUGACAUUUUUUGCAAAAUUGGUCAAAAUCAUUGAGUGCAAGUGACUGCUGCUUCAACUCAAAACUGAAUUGUUUAUUCACACUUUCUAAUGCAUUUAUAAUAUUGUAUAAAAAAAGGCUCAAGUGUUAAAAUGAAAACUCUGGAGAAUGUGCAAUUAAUCGUCAUUACAGUUGAUAAAAUAAUUGAUUACUAAAAUAACCGUUACACAUCAUAUAUUUUAAGAGUUUGGAGAUAAUUUAGCAACUUGACAAUAAAAACUUGGAUGUUGGUUU